GUGCUAUAUUGGCCUACCCGUAUUGGCCGUUCCGGAGACAGCUCUCCAAAUUAAUUUCUCUCGGUUGAAGCCAUGCCCUGUAUGUGACGACGCUGUUGACGGCUGUUGAUAUAAAGGGAGGGGGGCUUCCUUCUAGACACUCGUGUCGACUCGUUGGUUAUUUCUGUCUGCUCAACAUCCCCCCAAAAGAAAAAUCAUGAAGUGGUCCGCAGUCGCCGCCGGUGUUAUUGGCCUUGCUGGGUCUGCUCUCGCCCAGCUGGACUCGAGUCCAUUUGUCGACGCUGACACUGGAAUAACCUUUCAGUCUUACACAAGCACGGACGGUAUUACUUACCGACUGGCUCUUCCGGCGGAGGCAACUGGCGAUGCUGGCUAUGAUGUGAUCCUCCAGGUCGUGGCACCGGUAGAAUUGGGCUGGGCCGGAUGGGCAUGGGGCGGUGCUAUGACAUACAACCCCUUGACUCUCGUAUGGCACGACGGAGACAAUGUUCAAUUUUCCCCCCGCCAAGCUACGGGAUACUACUUACCUGGUCCGUACGAGGAUGCUAAGUACACGGUCCUUAAGGGCACCGGCGUGAACGAGACGCACUUCAAAUUCACGGCACUCUGCACAGGUUGUGCUAGCUGGACCGAUUUUGACGGGAACCCAUACAUUCUCAACGGUGCCGGAGAUACCAACUUCGCCUACGCCUUCUCAUCGACCCCAGUUGAGGAGCCGGCAAACCCCGAGUCGGGCUUCAGCAUUCACGACAACGUGGGACGAUGGAUUCACGACCUAGGGGGCGCUCGAUCUGACAAGUUCAAUGAGUGGGUGACGACCAACACCGUUGCGUAGGUGAAGAUAGCUCGACUAGUUAAUGAGGUAACUUGGACUUAUAAUCAGAGCAGUACGGAGCUAGAGCUAUAAGAUUCGAAGUAUUCGUUAGGUAUCGUGGCGUAGCUUAUACUAGACAGGUGCCUAUGGCUUGUUGGAUUUAGGGGGAAAUGAAUAGAGAAAAAAUAAAUAAAUCUAAAAGAUGAAGAGACCGUUAUUAUAUGAAGAGUGCGAAUAAUGUGAUAGCCAGCGCCAGCAAUUGAUUUAAAGACGUCUCAUCACGUCCGGGUUGAUGUUAG